GACGCGUUGUGUCCGUGUUGCCGAGGCACACGGAAGAAGAUUUUUAGAGACACAAACUGCGAACAGGAGCUUCUUUGGCGCCGUUAAUGCAACAAGAGAGUUCACUUCCGGCGUCCGGAGGUCGUCCGUUGUCAUGGUGAAGCUGCGGGCGAGGUGUCUGCUCGUCGGAGAUGCUGCAGUGGGGAAAAGUGCCCUGUCACACAUGUUCCACAGCGAGGGCACUCUCUUCCAGAAGAACUACAGCAUGACAACCGGAGUGGAGCUGCUGUUGAAGUGUGUCAACAUCCCAGAGACCAAUGACAGCGUGGAGCUCUACAUCAUUGACUCCGCGGGGAAGGAGACUUUAGUGGAAGGCUGCGAGAAAAUGUGGGGUGAACCGUCGCUGCUGUGCCUGGUCUUUGACCUGACCAGCGAGCAGUCUUUUGCCAACUGCGGCCGCUGGAUGGAGAGAGUUCGAGCCCACUGCCGGGGUCUCCAUCUUCCAGGCGUCCUUGUGGGCAACAAGUCAGACCUGUCCGCGAGAAGAGAGGUAGAGUCGUCUGUGGCCCAGGAAUGGGCCCAGAGCCAGGGCUUGGAAUACCACGAGACCUCGGCUAGGGCGAUGGAGAACUGCGACGCACCGCUGCUCAGUUUGGCCCGGGCCUUUCAGUCCCUCUAUCAGGAGCGCCGGGAGACCAUCCAGAACCUGAGUCCAGGCUAGACCCCCUUCCCACUCGCACACACACACACACACACACACACCAAGUAUUUACAUUCUGAGAACUUUAUAGAUCACACUAGGCGCGGCCCGUCCAUAUGGGCAGAUGGGGCAGUGCCCCAUUAAAAAAAACCCUUCCACCCCAAAACAUAGUUCCUCCUUGUAAACAAUUUUUCCACGUUAAGAGAUCAUGAAUUGAUUAUAUUGCUACCUAUUCUGUGAGUUUAAAUAGUCAUUUGAGUGAUUCCGUCUCCAUUUAGUGGGUCGUGCAAUAUUUGGGGCAGGAGACCUCAGCGCAUCGCUGUCGCUGGCACAUUUCUCAUAUCACCUAUUGGUCAAAUAUAGGAACAGCAAUAAGCACCGAUUAAGGUUCAUUGGGGCAAGCAAUGAGUCCUGCCCCCCGGCUUUACUCUUCAGCCCUCCACUGUUUUCUUGAGCAAGACUUUUUUAGACUUAUUUCAGAAAUGGCGACCAGCAGCAACGCAGGUUCUGCUGAGUCUAAUCCUGUAGAAAUUCCAUGAAAUACCACGUCACAGAACAGAUUCAAUCCAUCAGCAGUGCUGUGGAUUGAAAAGCGACUGACGCAUGACACCCCCUGAUUUCAAUAAAGCUGUUUUUGAUACAUUUGCCCAUCUGAAAGAUUCCAGCGGGCCCCUUUUUUAAAAAUUCACUUCUGUAUACAGUAUGCUCAUGCACUCGACAUGUUUCAGCUCCUCUUUCCUGUGUUGUUCAGCCGUGUUUACUGCGGCGUUAUGUUUCGCUGCUGGCUGGUAUGUUUAUGUACUGUCUAUUCUCAAAUGUUGUAAUUAUUAAAACGUGAUCACAAAAACAAGUAUGUGUAAUAUACUUAAAGCCACAGUGUGUAAUAUUAAGAAGAACUUAUUCACAGAAAUUGAAUAUAUUGUCCACAACUAUGUGUUCAUAUAUGCAUAUUCACCUGCAACAAAGAGCCAAUGUUUUCUCGUCAACUCUGAAUGAGUUAAAUAUUGUUACAUGAGGUGGACCCGACCUCCGUGUGAGUCGCCAUGUUUGCUACGUCGUGUUGAAUACGGUUGUUGCACAAAGCGGUGCAGAAUACGUUGCAAUCGUGCUGAAUUUUUAGCGCUGCCGGAAAUGAGUUCAGCGGUGCGCCACCAUAAAGUGUCCCCCAUCGGGUGCUCAGUUGGUUGCUGUUGCUACAACUUUACAACCAGAUGCCACCAGAAAAUUACAUUUAUUACACACUGGGGCUUUAGGUGGUGUUUUGCACCACAGAGAGAAUGGUUUGUUUGGAACGAUAUUUCGAUAAUGCCAAUGAAUAAAGUUGGUUUCCUAUGAA